GCAGUAAGGCGCAGGCGCACGCCCUCGCGACAGUGCCGCACCUCGGGCAUUCGCGCGGGGUCACGCGUGCGGACUGAUCCGCUAGAGUCCGGCAUGACGGGCUGGGGCGUCGCUGCUGCCUCCGCCUCGUUCCAGCGUCAUGGAAUGCCUGCGGAGCCUGCCCCGGUUCCUGCCGUGCGCGGUGGGGCUGCCCCGGCGCAGCCUGUGUGCUCUGGCCUGCGGCCUAACAUGGCGCGCUGCUGGACUCCCUGGAAGGAGCCCGACCGCGCCUCUGUGCAGACCCCGCCCGCCCCGCCUAGCAGGUGAAAUGCACCGGUUUAGAACUUCUGAUGCCUCUCAAGCCACAUUAGCCAGUGUAGCCCCAGUGUUUACUGUGACAAAAUUUGACAAAGAAGGAAAUGUUACUUCUUUUGAAAGGAAGAAAACUGACUUAUAUCAAGAAUUAGGUCUUCAAGCCAGAGAUUUGAGGUUUCAGCAUUUAAUGAGCAUCACCACCAGAAACAAUAGGAUUAUCAUGAGAAUGGAGUAUUUGAAAGCUGUCAUAACUCCAGAAUGUCUUCUGAUACUAGAUUAUCGUAAUUUAAAUCUAGAGCAAUGGCUGUUCCGGGAACUCCCUUCACAGUUGGCUGGAGAAGGUCAACUUGUCACAUACCCUUUACCUUUUGAGUUUAGAGCUAUAGAAGCACUCCUACAGUAUUGGAUCAACACCCUUCAGGGGAAACUGAGCAUUUUGAAGCCACAGAUCCUUGACACAUUGGAAGCUUUAGUGGAUCCCAAACACUCUUCUGUAGACAGAAGCAAACUACACAUCUUACUACAGAAUGGCAAAAGUCUUUCAGAGUUAGAAACAGAUAUUAAAAUUUUCAAGGAGUCGAUUUUGGAGCUCUUGGAUGAAGAAGAGUUGUUAGAGGAACUCUGUCUAACCAAAUGGAGUGACCCAGACAUCUUUGAAAAGAGCAGCACUGGGAUUGACCAUGCAGAAGAGAUGGAGUUGCUACUGGAAAACUACUACCGAUUAGCUGAGGACCUUUCCAAUGCAGCUCGGGAACUUAGGGUACUGAUCGACGAUUCACAAAGUGUUAUAUUCAUCAAUCUGGACAGCCACCGCAAUGUGAUGAUGAGGUUGAACCUACAAUUGACCAUGGGAACCUUCUCUCUCUCACUCUUUGGACUAAUAGGAGUUGCUUUUGGAAUGAAUUUGGAAUCUUCCCUUGAAGAGGACCAUAGAGUGUUUUGGCUGAUUACAGGAAUCAUGUUUAUGGGAAGUGGCCUAAUCUGGAGGCGUUUGCUGUCUUUCCUUGGACGACAGCUAGAAGCUCCUUUGCCUCCUAUGAUGGCCUCUUUACCUAAAAAGACUCUUCAGGCAGAUAGAAGAAUAGAAAUGAAACACAACUUCAGGCCAGAUGGACUUGGAUCAAGCAGAAGUGUCCUAACAAACCGGAGCCAUGCAGCUAGCAUACCUCCUUAAGAAAGAUGAGACAGUUCCAGGAGUGGUCCAGAGGUGCUAACUAGGUAUGUUCCCGUUUACGUUGUUUUCCUAUAGAUACCCAGUGCUCACAAUUUUCACUCUAGCUCUUCCUUGAUCUCUAAUUUAACUUUACUCUUCAGCUGGAUUCCUGCUUCCCUUGACCAGUCUCUAAUCUGCCCCUAGAGAAGCUGAGAAGAGAAGGGCUCUUGUCGUUUGCUUUCUCCUUUUGUACAUUUCACUAAUGUCAGAAAAAGAGAUUCUCCCUAAUUAAUACAGAAUCAACUAGUUACAGUUUACAGAUAAUAAUGCUUGCAAAUUUUUGAUGAAGCUGAAACCCCAUGGUGCAUUCCUUUCCCUUAAAUGUGCCACACUGCAGGACUGGCAGAUGAGACCCACUCCACCGGGACGAGCACAGAAAGCCAAGGCUGCUUCACUCCCCUCGGUCCCUCACUUACUUGAUCGUUACUGUAAGUAGCCUUCGGCUCUCGGGCCAGGUCUCUCUCCUUUCUGCUCUAGUGCCGUCAGCACAACUUGUGGCAUCCUAAUGUCACGAAGGCCUUCUUGGGAUAACUUAAAACUAGUGGAGAGUCACUAGGUUCAUCACCUGUUAGAGCAGCCUUCUCUACAAAGCAAGUGAUAAGUUUUAAUUUUUAUAUUUGCCCUUCACUAUAUGAAACACUAAAAAUGCAAUAAUCCUCAUUAAGAAAGGACCAAAUCAUUUACAGGUGACUUUGGAGUUGUGAGGUCAUCCCUCUCCCCCAUACUUUUCUCCUCACUGUACUGUUCCUCCUGUUUGUUUUUUUCCUGUAUGUUACACACUUUGUUUCACUCUGAUUGGAAUUGGUCAACAAUUUUAAAAGGGCAUUUUUAGGAGGAAUAGUGUACAGAGGUUUUCCUAAGAGAACCAGAGAGGCCUUUCCAGUCAUCAGAAAGACAUAGGUAUUCCAGUAGAACAGGAAAGAGGUUAUACAGCAAGUCUAAGCGCAGGCAGUGAGUUAGGAAAGAAGGUUUAGGUACCAGGGAAGCAAACCUUAGCCGGUGACAUGAAUAACCAGAGUGCCUGCGAUUUCACAUACUUCUGAUGUCGUCAUAAUUUCCUGAUAGUCUGGCUGUUAGUGUAUGUCUUUACUCCCAGGAGCCUCACCACCGUCUAGGAGGUUCUA